AUGUUUGACGAAACUCCACUCCCAACAGAUCCACAAUCUCCACCACCAUCUCCUGUAAUGCCCUUCCCACCACAGGAUCAGCGCACCACGGGAUUUAAGCCAUAUCCGCAAAUGAUCCCUCUUUUGGAUGACAAGUUCCAGAAUAUGACUCUUGUGGGUACAAUCAAAAUUUACAAAGACGCACUCGAUGAUUUGAGAGGAAAGGCACUCUCGGUCUCAAGUUGCCCAACUCCUGGAUGCCUUGGAUGGGGCAAUAUGAAACGCAGCAAGAAUGCGUUUCACCGGACACAAGAUGCAUGCCCAAUAUGGCAUCACGCUCAGCGGAAUAAGGUUGAAUCGUCGGAGUCACGCUCAUUACUCGACAGAUUCAACGAAAUAUUUCCAAACGGCAGUUUCCAGCCAGCCCCUAUGCCAACAACACCACCUCCGGCCAUGACACGAAUUGGACAACCACCACAACAAUCUGCGGCACCAAUUGGACCAAUGCAGACCUUGCCGCCUCCACAACUCCCGCAACAGUGCAUCUGGACAUUCUUCUUGCCAACGCCACCACCAUUCUUCCCGACAACAUUCCCUCCACCAAUGUACCCAACUCACAAUUUGCAUAACAACCAAUCGAUGCCUCCAAUGCCAACAAUGUCUCCAAUGCCUCCAAUGCCAACAAUCGAUCCAAAAGACGAACCCGAAGAUUAUUGA